AUGGACAAUGCCAAGGAAGAUAGAUACCCUAUUGACAGAGGAUGGGCCUGGGUUGUUCUCUUAGCCUGUACCUUUCAACAGCUGUUUCUGAUUGGGACACAUGCCUCAUUUGGAAUUCUGUUUAAUGAGUUCACGACUAAGUUUAAUUCCUCUGCGACCAGUAUCUCUAUUGCUCUCUCGGUACAAACUGUAACCCUAAGUCUGCUGUCUCUCCUGGUAUUAAACAUCGGUCCCAGGCUGCUUCCCUAUAGAGUUUUUAUCAUGCUUGGAGGGGUGGUGGGCUUUUCAGCAUAUAUCCUGAAUGCCUUCUUGCCAAACAUUUCCUUUCUCAUUCUUUCUCAAGGAAUACUUUAUGGAAUGACACAUGCUUGUACCCAUGGUCCCUCCUUAGUUAUUCUAGGACAAUACUUCAAAAAGUAUCGAGGAUUGGCGACAACGUUAGCCAAUGUUGGUGCUAGCGUAGGUGUUCUUGUGUUUCCUCUUAUAUUACGGGCAUUGUUAAACACAUACGAGCUUCGUGGAGCUUUGAUAAUACAGAGUGGGAUUUUGUUGAAUUUCUUUGUUGUUGGAGGUCUUCUGAGGCCAUUGUCUUUCUAUGAUAAAUCAUCAAGAAAAAAAUCAAAGAAACUUGACAGUAAUGAUGAAGAACACACAGAAAAACUAUUACAAGAUCAAAACACAAAAACAGCCAAUGGCAAAAGUGUAGAAAAUGAGAGGUCACAUGCUCAGAUGAAUAAAAGGUCUGUUCCCAAGGAGACAAAAAAUUGCAGUGAACAUUCUCAAGACAUUCUACAUGAAAUAUCUGGAAGAGAUCAUCUUGAGCCUUUCAUCAGGAAUCGGACAUAUUCUGACAGUCGUAGAGAGCAACAAAAACGAUGUCAUCAUCAUCAUCUUAAACCAGAAACUCACCAUUCCACAAGGUCACUGAACAGAAUUAUUGACAAUGUUGCUAUAAGUGGUGAUUUGGCCAUUGCUUCUAGUACAGGAGAUAUUGUUGGUUCUAUGUACAGCAUACAUAGCCAAGAUACGAGGCUUAACAACAAGAAUAUGAAUUCUGGUGGAGAAGCAAAGAAAUCCCAACAUAAUUGUAUGAAAAUCUUACAUGAAAUCAUAGGUUUUCAUUGCCUGAAAAUAAGAAUUUUUCAAAUUUGGAUGGUUGUAGCUUUCUUUGCUAUUCUUGGGGCAGCACAACUAAUAACUUAUGUCCCACCUCUUGCUGCUGAGAAAGGCAUUGAAGAAAAUGAUAGAGUGUUACUUCUCACUGUUCUUGGUGCUUCAGAUCUAUCUGGGAAAUUUAUUCUCAUCUUUUUAACAAGAUUCAACAUUUUGCCUAAAGACCUAAUGAUGGCCGCUGCUCUAUGGAUACUUAGUGUAGGAAUUAUUUGCAUGCCGAUGAUGACUGAGUUUUCUGGCCUUUCAACUCUAGCCUCAGUGAUGGGAUCAAGCACUGGUGUAUAUUUUUCCUUAUUUCCUGCUGUUCUAGCUGAUUUUGUGGGUUUAGAAAAUUUAUCAGGUGCCAUGGGGCUCACUAUGCUGGUUCAUGGUCUGAGUUUAACAAUAGGAAAUCCAAUUCUAGGUGCCAUCAAGGACGGAACGGGUUCCUUUGUUGGAUCUUUCCUCUACGCUGGUGUCUGUACUGUGAUAAGUGCCACUGCCAUGACGGUCUGUUAUUUCUAUCAAAAGAAAAGGAAUAAGCAACUCCCAAAUCGCCAUGAUGUGAUAGAGACCAUAGUUACUGCUGAUGGUACUUGUCAGGGCUAGUCUUUUCAAAACAUUGUAUUUGUGUUGUUGAAUGUAGCCAUUUUAAGGAUUUAUUUAAAAAUUAUGCAAUGUACUUUGACUGUAUUUUAGAAGCAUGUAAAUAUAUGUGUAGAGUCAUCCAAAAUUCAUUUUUAAAAUUACAUCAGACAUUUGAAGAAUACCAGUAUCUAGUAUUCUUAUGUAUAAUUGUGCUAAUUAAUGACACAAAAAUACUGAGUUGAAGAAAUUUUAUUAAGUAAAAGUAAACUAAUAAAAUAUUUUACAGAUAAACAUGAUAAAUGAGUCUGUUCAAUAUGAUAUGUAUCAUAUGGCCAUGAAAAAUAAUUGAGAUAUUUUUAACCCUUGGUGUAACACGUCUGGUUCCUGAGUCAAAAUUGCUUUUAUAUCAACCAUAAUAAUUUUAAACUUGUUUUCAUAUUUGAUCUAUAAUUUUGUUUACUGGUAAGUUUUAACAGUUGAAAACAAAUUAAUGGGUACUCUUAAUUUGAUAUUAAGUGCCCUUUAAAAAAUGAAGCAUCAAAGUAAUAAAAAGGUUGUAAAACAGCUAAAUGUCAAACACACAUGUGGAGCAAAAUAAUUCUUGAACACCUUUGUUUGAUAUCAGUGUAAAUAAGCGCUCACAUUCUUUACUAUGUAGAUAUUUGUUUGGAUUUCUAUUUUUAUGAUUAUUUUUAAGGUGUGAAUAGGUAUCUUGGGUUUGUUUUGAAUUUAUAAAAAUAUCAUCCUUUUAAAGUUGUUUUAUUUUAUAUUCUAAAAGUGAAAUGCUUUAGUUUGCUCAAAUAUUUUAUUUUUAAGUUUUAGUCAAUGUGUAGAAAAAAUAAUCACUUGCAACCAUAAUCUUUUCUU